AUGGAUAAGUCAUGGAUGCACUCGGAUAGAAGAUCGAAGGCAUAUGAGUUAGGGGUGGAAGCAUUUUUGAAGUUUUCUGUAGAAAAUCUUCUAACUACAACACAUAUCCGUUGUCCAUGUGUUAAAUGUGUUAAUUUGAAAUUGUUUGGGGUUGGAAUUAUAAGGGAUCACUUAUACUUUAAUGGAGUUGACCAAAGCUAUAAGAAUUGGACAUUUCACGGAGAACUUUGGGAAGCAACUACUAAUGCUAGUAGAAAUGUUGAAGAAGAUGAUGACCAUAGUAGGUAUAGUUUUGUGUAUGAAGAAAUAGAGAUGGAUGAUAAUGAUUUUGGUGAUUUUGGAUCCGACCCUUAUGAGUUUGCCAAUGUGAUUGGGGAUGGAGAUCAACCAUUGUACCCUGGUUGUAGAAAGUACACGAAGUUAUUAGCAUUAGUGAAGUUGUAUAAUUUGAAGGCAAAACAUGGGAUGAGUAAUGUCUGUUUUACAGAAUUAUUGAUACUUCAAGGCGAUUUGCUUACAGAAGGAAAUACAAUACUGGCCUCUAUGUAUGAGGCAAAAAAGACUUUGUGUGCAUUGGGGCUGAGUUAUGAGAAAAUGCACGCAUGCCCCAAUGAUUGCAUCUUGUAUAGGAAGGAGUAUGAAGAUUCAACUAAUUGUCCUACUUGUGGUAUCUUAAGGUGGAAGGAAGGCAAAGAUUCAAUCUUGAAAGAGGGUGUGCCAGCGAAGGUGGUGUGGUAUUUUCCUCAAAUUCCAAGGUUUAAAAGGAUGUUUCGAUCACAUGAGACAGCUAAGAGUUUGACUUGGCAUGCUGCUAGAAAAUAA